AAUGGACGAGUGUCCUGCGCUGUUCGUAUUUGUCCAAAGUUGAAGUGUGCGACCAUAAUGCAAGUUAAAGGAAAAGAUUCUUGUUGUACACAUUGCCGAGGUAGAAACAAUACAUGCAUAAAAGUUCAUUUUUGGUUAAAACACAAAAUAAUAUAUUCAAUAACUGUAAAAGAAUAAAAUAUUAUUAUAUGAUAGAAUGCAACCAUAUAUUAUUAUAUUAUUAAUUUUAGUUAACUUUCCAGGUUUCCCGCUUGCGCCAAUUGGUGGCUUAUUUCAGUUUAAGCCUGCAGUAACUGUUCAAGGUAAGCACUUAUAAUUACAUUCCUUUGAGAUCCUACAAGCAUAUUUACGAAACAUACAGUAUCACUGCAGGCAAUAAUUGGAAUUUUUGUACCCGGCGCAAUACGUAAAAUCUUGAGUAUAUAGCCAGUCCAUUUAACUUAAAGAAGUUGUUUUAUGUUUCCAGGUUCUUGCUUUGACAAAGGACGUUAUUAUAAAAACAAAGAUAUGUGGAAUCCUUUAGUAUCCACGUCAGAAACUAAAGCCUUCCAACAGCCAAACUGUGAUCUCUGCGUUUGUCAA